CUGCCAACCUGCCUGGUAGCCUUCAUUUAUCUACAUCAUCCAUCAAUUUCUUCUUAUUGAGCAAAAUGAAGACUCUCACCGUCACCAGCGGGCUCGUGGCUUUGCUUCCCGCGGUGCUGGCUUGCGGGAGCGACAAUUCGUGCUAUGGCCCGACGAACACGGUUGAACAUGUUCGCCAUGUCAAGCGCAUUCAACCUGGGGCUCCAAACGCUAGAUAUGGCCCCAAAGCGCCUCUUGAAUGGGGGCAGCUCAACUUUCUCCAUACGACUGAUUCGCAUGGCUGGCUUGAGGGCCAUCUGAAAGAGCAAAACUAUGGCGCCGACUGGGGUGACUUUGCCACCUUUUCGCGUCGCAUGAAGCAGUCGGCUCGUGACAUGGACGUUGACCUGCUGCUGGUUGAUACGGGCGAUCUCCACGAUGGCAACGGCCUUUCGGAUGUCACUAAAGUUGAUGGCACCAAGUCGAUGCCCAUCUUCAAAGAGAUUGAAUACGACCUGCUAACCAUUGGUAACCACGAAUUGUACAUGUCUGAGGUAUCUUAUGAAAUGUUCAACGUCUGGGCAAAGAAAUGGGGCGAGCGAUAUGUCACCUCCAACGUUAAGGUCCUAAACAGGACCUCUGGGAAAUACGAGUACGUUGGCGCCACGCACCGCUAUUUCAAGACCGAAAAGGGGCUCCGCGUCAUGGCCUUUGGCGUUUUGUUCGAUUUCAGUGGCAACUCCAAUGCCUCGCAGGUGAUUAAAGCGCAGGACAUGAUCAAAGAGCCGUGGUUCACUCAAGCUCUUGCAACCAGCGAGCCUAUUGACGUCUUUAUUCUCCUUGGCCAUAACCCUGUGAGUCAAAAAGAUCCGCAAACUACUUUCAAGGUUGUCUUCAACGAGAUCCGCAAGCAUCAUCCCGCCACUCCUAUUCAGAUCCUCGGCGGCCACUCCCAUGUUCGCGAUUUUGCUGUCUACGACGAUAGCUCCGUGGCGCUUGAGUCUGGCCGCUACUGCGAGACGCUGGGGUGGCUAUCAAUGAGCGGUUUCAGCUCCUCCAACAGCGGCUUUUCAGGUCCUGAGAAUCCAAAAGGCGUGGCCAAUCCGACCAGACCAGCACGGCCAGGCGCGAAGUCUCCCUUUGUGUAUUCCCGCCGGUAUCUUGAUUGGAAUCGGCAGACGUUCAUCUACCAUACCAAGCAGACGGAUAAGACCUUUGACCAAGCCGCUGGUCUGCGCACCACUGGCGAAAUCACAAAAGUGCGUCAAGAGCUCAAGCUGGGCCAAGUAUUCGGCUGUGCGCCUCAGAUGUGGUGCAUCUCCUGUGUGGCUUUUGAUGACCCGUCCAACAUCUUUCCCGGCGUCAUUGUGCCCGCUGUUUCUACCAUUGUUGUCAACAAAGCGCGCGAGCACAAGUCCCGUAUUAUCAUUGGCAAUACGAAGGGAGUCCGCUUCGAUAUUCACAAGGGGCCGUUUACAUACGAUGACAAUUUUAUCGUUUCCUAUUACCGAGACAUCUUCUUUUACAUACCUGAUGUGCCUUAUGCUUUGGCCAAGACCGUUCUGCCAAGACUCAACAAACCCUCCCUCGCCAUGCGUGAUGAUGAUCUCGCCACUAUGCCCAACCUCCGCGACUCCUGUACCGACCCCUCUCUGGGCUAUUUGACUCGACGCGAAAUGCGACAAAACCACGGGGUUGUUCGCCGCCAGGAGGCCGUCACUUCAGGCUACGUCACUACAGACGACUGGGGCACUGACGGCGAUGAUACGACACACACCAAGAUCCCAGAUUAUCAGUUGCCCAGGUACUGGCAGGCUCAGGCAAACUGGCCCAAGGGCAAAGACCCUGAGUUUGUGGAUCUGAUCUUUUACGACUUUCUCCAGAAGUCCAUCUUGACCUAUCUUGGCGCCAAUUACACUGCUGCCAUGGUAGAAUGCUACAUUGACUGUAACUUUAGCUCACAAGACUUUUUGCUGCCAUAUGUAAAGCUCAUGUGGCAAAAGAAUAUCGAUGACUGCCCCAUUGAAUCAUGAGGAUACUUUGAGAGUACGAUAUGAAUAGUAACGAUAAAGUAGAUGGUAGAAAAUAAACUGUAAUUACAAACUACCGGCAGCACCAUCUUCACUCCAUUUCAAAAUUGGAGCCAUAUUAUGUACUCUCUCCCACAAAUCCCCCCGUUCUGCCUCUUUCCUAAACCACUCUUCUGC